GGAAAACAACGGUAAGCCAGUCGCUGGGGCGCUUUAUUGUGGCAACCGAAGCAGAAACACAACAAAACGUCAUCUCAUAGAUUUACUGCGCUUUUCAAGAAGCUCAAUGUCUGGAAAAUUGAAUAAUGAAUCUUGGUGAUGGUCUGAUGUUUGAACUUGAGGAUGGGAAGCCCAAGCUUGUGUUAUCCAGCUAUGAUGAGCCAAAGGCCUCCAGUAAGAUGGGACAUUGUCAGUUACCUUAUAGGAACAGAACUCAGAAAAGCACGGUCCACUCAAAACAGUGUCCUAAAGAACCCGAAAGACCCCAGAGAGAGAGGAAGUGCGGAGAUCCUGUAGGUGUGAAUGCUGUUGAGAAGUCAACUGCACAAACCCGAAGAAAGACCAAAGUCAAGGUCAACAAAGAGCACAGCAGCGUCAUUGGGGUGGUCAGAGUGCAAUCGGAGAGCAAAACAAAAACCACUGAUGAAACCUCAAAGGUCAUAGAGAAGACUAUGAAGGAGAGUUUGGUGUGUUUAACCCAGGAGCAACUUCAGCAAAUUCUCAACACCGUCAAAGCCUCAGGGCAGGACGUACAAGACGAUUUAAAAACACAUGUUGAAAACCGAGGACCUGCAGUUGAUACAAAAGAGCAGUGUACUUCAAGUGAUACAGUGAGUAGUGGAGCUGCUGAGCUUCUUCUGGACAGCAGCAAUCACAGACACAGAAGCUCACAAGGAAGAGGAACCAAUGAGAAAAAACCAUCAGAUUUGACGCCAUCAGGCCUGUUCGGCACUUUAGGAGAAAGAGAACGAGAAAGAGAUGCACUGGAGGCCAAAAGGGCACAAUGGAGGAGAGAGCUAGAUGAGCAGAUGGCUCUUAAAAAGCAGCAGAAAGCAAAUACAGAGGUUACGCUUCAGAGUGAACCUUCUACUGGACCAAGAUCAAAUGACCAGCCAGGGGUGCAAGAUGACAGGAUUUCAAGGACAGGCACAAACAGCAGACCAGCACCUUCACAGAUGCAUGGCAGCCAGAGGGCUCUUCCCUCUGCUAUCCGCUCAGCCUUUAUACUUGGGGAGGCCGCUCCGCUGGAGCAUGCCUUCAGUGAUGCGAAAAAAGACCAGCAGAGGCGCUGGCUACAGGACUUGGAGCAGCAGAGAGAGGAGGCCAAAUUACGGAAGAAAUUGGAGAAACAGAUCCAGAACCAGGCUGAGGACCACGAGCGCUGGGCCAUGCACUUUGACUCCUUUCAAAGGCGAGUUCCUCUUCACCCGCCUGCAGUUCCAGCCUCAGAUAGCGGAGAUCCAGACAUGGGCAGCUCCCUUUCCCAUCACCGGUCACCCUCAGGAGCUUUGUCUACAGCCUGGGAGGCCAUGAGUGCAUUUGGAGGGGACAGUAUUGGCAGAGCCAGUGUGGACACCACUCAGGGCUUUCAACACAAGUCCAGUUACCUGCGCACCAUGACUGCACUUCUAGACCCAGCCCAAAUAGAGGAAAGAGAGAGGAAGCGCAUCAAACAACUUGAACAUAAGCGUGCUAUUGAGGCUCAGGUGGAAGAGCAGAGGCGUCAAAAAGAGAAGGAAGAUGCAGCGCGCCAGGCGCUGGAACAGGAAGAGGAGAGGAGAGUGGCGAGAGAGAGGGAGCUCCUGCAGCAGCAGUACCUACAGGACACACAGCGCCAGAGACAAAAAGAGGAGUUGCAGUCACGCAAAAAAGAAGAGCUGUACCAGAGUGUCCAAAGAGCUCAAGAAGAAGCACAGAAGGACAAACAUCUGCAGAGAAUAAAAGAGCUAGCCAGGAAAGGGCAUGAUGUGUCCAACCUGCUGAGAAGCCUGGAGGGCGAGUCUGCCUCACAAGCUCUGCGUGGUGUAAGUUCAGCGAGUGUGGCCACAGGGGACACCGCACAAAGAGUGGAGGCUCUCCAAAGUACGAGAAAAGACACAGCAGUUCAGACAGAUGUCAAUGAAGUCGGCCCACCUGAGACCGAAGUCAUUGUUACUAACAAAGGUGACAUACAAGCUCCAGCUGUUCCAGCAGAGUGCAGGGCUUCUCCCAAUACCAAACGAUCCAGACGUGAGGCCAGACUGGCUGAAAAGAACGGUGGAAAAGAGAACGUUUUUGUGGCACUCAGAGAAGCAGAUCCCUACGAGGCCUACGCGAGAACAGACAGGCCCCACGCACAGGAGCCUGGGAGGAAGCCAGAGUGGAAUACGCAAAGGCCGAGUAAGCCAUUUGUUCCAGCAUCAGAGCGUUAUCCUGCUGUCCUACAGCGGCACAGGCAGGAGAGCAGAAUACGCCGCCAAAUGGAGCUCAUGACAUUAGUGGAGAGGAAUGCGUUCUCCAAAACUCCUCAGCAAAAUCCUUCGUCACACGCUGUGAACCCAUCUCAUAUCCAAAGGCACAUGCACUCUGCUUAUCGAAACGGUGAGGACUCUCAAAGAGCACCGUCCUCUGCCACUCAGAGCAGAGGGCACUCUCCGCCCGUCCCGGCUGUGAAGCACCGACUCCAGCAGUUUCACCAGCCCUCCCCACCGCAGACAGACGAACCUGCAGACAGCAAUGAUGAAUGGCCUCCAUCGUCUGACUACGUCCCUUACGUGCGCACUGAUGAAGUUUACCACCUGGACCCCCUCGCUCCAAUCUCCAGACCACCAACACAUGAAGCCUCUCAGAAGACAAAUGCAGAUGUGAACAGCAGCAGACAGCCCACUAAUGUGGUCCAGCGGGACCCCCUGUUACACCCAGAGCUGCUGAAGAGCACAGAGAGGCAGCAGGCCAUUCUCAAGGGGUUAUCUGAACUCAGACAGGGCCUUUUGCAAAAACAAAGAGAACUAGAAAGCAGCUUGAACCCUUUACUGCAGGGACAAAGCAGAAACCACUCACCAGCUUUCCAGCCUAUGUGAGAGAACCCAACUCACCAGAGAUUAUAAUUACACAUCAGCACUUUACUUUCCACAGUUGUAUAAUGAAAAUCACUGAAAACAGGGAAUCAGACUUUUAAAGAUCUCCUUUCUACAAUCAGCACUGAAGAGUUUGGCACGUGUCGGGUACUGCAACUCAAACAGGCACUUUUCCUGAACUUAGUUUUGAACAGUAUUCUGUGUAUUUCUUGAAAGUUAACUUGUGUUGCUCCUUCAUGUAUUGAAUGUAGCCUGAAGUGGUAAUUAGGGUGGUUCAUUUUAUGGGUUAAUGUAUUAUUUAUUGGGUUGCUAAUUCUGACUGAGUUCACUUGAACUGAAUCUGUGACUUGACAAUGUGAAUUUUCAACCAGCUACCUUGAGGUCUUAAUGUGAAUUAAAGUAUUUUUGAUUUUCUUA